CUGCCUCCUCUAAUGUCCUGCUCAUCGCACUCAUCAUCAUCCUCAGUAUUGCUGCAGUCCUAAUCAGCAGUGCUAUAUUUGUCUGCUCUGUAAAGUUGAAGACACGGUGGUGGGACCUGAUUUCCAAAGGUCCAAAUCCAAAACUUCUUAUUAUGCAUUCAUAUGACCAAGAGUGGUUGAAACCUGAGCCAACCAUUAUUUCCCCUGCCUGUGUUGAGACCCUUGUUCCUGAUGACGGCAAACCAUGGUCGAAGGGGUCACUGACAGACAAUAGCAGUGGGAGCUUUCAGCAAAGCAGUGGAAUCAGCACUGGAUCCUCUUGUCUCAGUUAUGCUAACACAGAACCUGCUGAUAUUAUAGCAGGGGUUCAUGAUGCCCUUGGUAAAGCCUUCCCCAAUAUCAGUCCAAUAUCACCUUUGACCACCAACCUGCUCACAGAAUCAAACAAAGACAGUGGUUUAUUCUCUGCUCCCAACAAUCCCUGUAGUGUCAGAGCUGAUGACGUGAAUUCUGGAUCAUCAGGCUUUGACAAUAAAACCUAUUCCAUUCUCGUUCCCAACUGCCCACGUCAGAUUAUGAUGGACAGCUCUGAAGUCCAGACACAGGAUGCAAUGCUUUGUGACUCUGCUUACCAUCCUAGUGAGGGUGACAUGGUGAUCUGUCCUGACCAACAGGUACCAGCGUGUCCGCUUCUUAAUUUACCACCGGUGGUUUCAUCUCCAAUGCCAUCAGACAUGUCAUAUCAGCCGUGCAAUGCAGAUUCUGGACGAUUAUCACUUGCAGACGACUCCAGUUUGUCCUCCAUCUCUAGUGGCACCAACACAACCGCCUCAUGUGAUCCUGUGUCCAGAGUUGAGGCUGGAUGUGACAGCUUUGAAGAGGCCACCAUAUGUGAUGACAAUCCCUGCUAUGGCUGCAUGCCUGCUGGCUCACCCAACUUUCCUCAAGUGAACGAUGACUACCAGGCAUUUCAAAGUCUAGUGGGACAGCCUGAUGUUUUAUUUUCAGAGCAGAGAAGUGUCGAGAGAGAGGAAGAUUUGGACAAAUAUCCAGCGGAAUCAUACACCAAGAUCCCUCCAGUCACUCCAGAUUUCAUUAACAAUGUUCAGAGUGACCAGGGUCUCUCUGAGCUCCAAAGACCUUUUCUCUCUCUGCACUCUGCUGAGCCUAUGACAGUCAUUACAGACAGCAGCUAUCAAAGUGUGUAGCGCUGAAUCUUUUCCAUUAACUUCUGUGACAUUAAAUAAUAAGCCUGGCUGAGAAAUGUUAGGAUGUGAGAGAGGGCUUCAGUUUUGAUGUUCACUUGUGAAUGAUGGACUUUGAGAUCUAUUUAAUAGCUUUUCCUGCGGUUCUAAUUCACAACAUCUGCCAGCACCUUGAGCUAACAUUGUUUUUUCAGCUUCGAUAUUACUAGUUUUAAAAUGGUGUAUAUAUUUUGGUGUAUAUAUUUUGUUUUUCUAUUUUGUUGCCUUGAUUCAAAGAAAACAAACUUUUGCACAUUAAGAACAAGUAAUUUGUGAAUACUUUGGAACUGUGCAGUGUUUAGAUCACAUGAUUGGUUUUGAUGUGAAACA